AUGAGUCGACUUGAGACUGAUCUGAGAAGCACUGGUCUUCAUUCUAGGGGAAUGUCGUCUGGGUAAGUUCCUCAGAGGGAUUUGAGCUUUUAUUUCGUUAUGUGGUAGCAAGUAGAUGUUCAUCAAGAUGGCGCAUCGAAAAGACUCUAGUUUGUUGACGAUGUUGUGGCAGAACCUCAUCAUGAUUUUGUCUGGAAAACAACAUUUGUAGUCUAAGAAAUCUCAGUUUUACAAUAUGACCGAAGAAAGAUAAAAGUUUUGGUGAUCUGUCUAUACAAAGGUUGAGUUCCAUUCCGUGUUCAUUUUGCCGCCCCCAUAGAGUUUAUGCAAAAGGAUCGAGCAAGCUUCCGUACUUUAUUACUACUUCUUCUAAGUUUCUUCUGGCACAUAAUUAUCGCAACGUUUUGUACAAUAAGUAAGAGUAACAGGCCGAUCUACGACCGCGUUUUUGUUUUUUAAUUGUCCCAAGAUCACGGCGUCAUUUUACGGUUUCGAAUUAUGCCAAGGCAUUGUCGUAAUUCUCGACAUUUGGAACGUCACGUCUUUGGAAAUUAUUCUCGUAAGUCGUUAAACUGAUAUGUUCUAUUCUAAACAAUGAGUACCGAUCGCGGUAUUGCUCACGAUUUAAAGGGUUAAAGUCUUUUGUUUGUGGCAUUUUCGCUCGCGAUUUGAAGCAAUUUAUAUUCUUUAGGCCUAAUAUCAAUUCGAGACAUUUUCCUUCGGGAGUUCAUUUCAUCGUCUGUAAUUUCAUAUCGCAAGGUUACAUAGAUGGGGACAGGAGAUUUUCUGGUUAUUGAUGAAUUUCCAAGAGUUUACCUGGUAAUUUUUUUAAGCAUUACACGAAGCCAAGUCUAGUUUAAUAUGUUUUUUUUCGGACUGUUCCCUUUUCUUUAUUACUUUAUUGAGGUAAUAACGAUUUUGCCGUAGGAAUUGAUUCUAGUCUAUUCGCACGUCCGUGAUAAAUAAACCAGGUACAUUCGAUCAUUUUGCUCAUUGUAAAUCGUUUUUCCAUUUUAUUCGAUGACUGCAUAUAACUAAGCAAAUCCUAGGUCUUUUUUCAGUGAUCUUAUGCUUCAUAUUCUCGAUUAUAUUAGAAAAAGGUCAAAAAUAGAUCAAUCCCCUUUUCUAAGAAUUCUUCUACUGUUCAAAGGGUUCGCUUUUUUGGCGUUUUUUUUUUUGUAUAAUUCGUCUUUAAAAAAAAAGACUGGCGACAGAUGGCGUGGUAUUCGAGUUACAAGACUUCAGACUUCCCACUAAAGUGUUCUUGGGAUCUAUUGUCGAUAUUUAGGUAUGUACGAAAUUUUGGAAACGGCUCCUAGAUCAACGUGUGUGAACGUUUGCUAUGGUUCGUUCACUUUAUUUAUUGCAUGCGGUGGUAGGAAAUGUACGGCUUAUUACUAGCUACAAUCGAUUCAUAAUCAAUUAUUCUAAACUUCCCGAGUUUGGGUAUGGAAUCUUAUCUUUCUGAAAAUAUACUGAAACCGCACUUAAUCAGAAGUCAGCGUUACUUGAAAAUCAACAUCUGUAUCAUACCUGCCAAGAUGAAAUGUGUUCCAUCGUGCAGUGUAAGAGUACUAUAUAUUGAAAGACCUUGAUGUUUAGGCUUCUAAUACAGGAUUUCCAGGUCAGACGGACGCGUGCCUUACACUGGCAAUGCUAGUUUUAUUGCUGAAUCAUAUGUUAGGGCAACCGAGAGGUUCGGAUCAUGUCAUGUUGGAGCAUAACUUAACACGGCUCUUUGUUUUGUUAACACCGAUUUUAAGUAAACAACAGGACUUGCGUUGCAUCUUUCCACAAAUGAUUGUUGCGUUUCAUUGAUUAUUUGCCAGCAAGUAGUAGCGCUGUGUUGCGGGUAGUUUGCCUUAUAAAGCUUGUCCAAACAUUCACUUCUAUCAUCUUCAUAUUCGCUUCGCUUAGCUUUUUUUACUAGUUUCAAGGUGGUAAUAUUAUUCAAUAUAUUUACCACCGCCUCGGGGGACGUUAGUUAUCGAACGAAAUGCACCUUGUAAGGUCAGAAGAUGAUCACUUCUUCCGCUGCUAUAGCCGUUGGUUUGCUGUAACAUUUUGAUAGGAGUUAAAAGUUUAUUUGGAAACACCCACUUGCUCUGAUCUGUUUCCAAACAAUUGUUUUUGAUUGAAAGAAGCUGUUAUGUACAUUUCUUUCUCUUAAAAAUGUAGUUAAGUGUCUGUCAUUUGUUAUUCUUUCCUGUUCCCAACCAUGUAUGGUUGUGUUUUACUUAGUUUUAUUUAAACCUCUUAAUAGUUUGUCCAAACCCUUACAAGGAAUCAUCCAAGGUUUCUAAAUCUGUGUAAAGGGAAUUGUCCUCAUUGUUACAAAAACAACUCUGACCAUCUUUGUAAGGUUUAGUCCUCUGUAGUUGGUCCUUAACUGUUUUAUUGCCUUUCUAUUACCAAACACAUUUAUAAAUGACAUGCACACUUCAAGAAUAAUGUUGUUUCAGAAUUUUUCCUUCAAGCCUGUAGCAUCCUCAAGAUUUAUUGAGGAGAGUAUCAGUUGGCUGUAAAGAAAUUGUGCACAGAUGGUUGUCUUCAUGUGAAUAUCUGUGUUGCCUUUUUUUUAGGAUGUCAAACAAUAUUGUGUGAGGUGCACUUAUGUCUUAAAAACCAGUUGUCAUGCCGUCCUCCAUGUGUUGCUAGCACAGUUGUUAAUAAUAUUAUGACUAAAGUAUUAGUGUAAUCAAAAAAAUAUUUUGAAUUGUUGCAAAAUGUUAAUAAGUUCAUGGAAUGAACCAUUGUGUCUCUUUGCAUUGGUCUUUAGGUAAUAUUUUAAAUGUCUUUCAUCUGUCAUUAAAUGAAGUUGUUUUUUUUUUUUUAAUAGAAGUUGCCUUUUGAUUGUGCCAGUAAAGUGGCCAAAACUUGACCAAUUGGGAAUAUUUGACACCAAAAUAGAGACAGUAAUUGCUGCUAAACAAGAUUCUGAUUUAGCUUUUUGAUCUUCUGUUUUAAUUAUCUGUUUGUGGUGUAAUUUGCUUUUGUUGGAAAUCAGAUUAUUGCACAAUCUUGUGCAGAAUUCCGUCUAUGCUGAACAAUAACAAAUACUUUACUUUGUACUAUUUUGGCUUGGAGAUCUACUAGGUGCAAAAAUGAAGCCUUUUUGGAUUAUAAGAUGUUAAUUUCUAAAAUCUUAUGUUUUAAAGUGUUCCUGAUCUUUAGAUUGAGACAUCAAACAUGGAAGAAUUGUCCAGCAAAAUUUCAAUGGUUUAAGCCAUUUUUUAUUUAGACCUUGAGCUGUGCUUCACUUUUUUAGCUGAAAUCUUGCUAGGCUGUACCUAUCUUUGAAGAAUUUGGUUGUUGCACCACCCUUCUGAAAGCAGGAAAAGUAUCUACUUUCUUAUCACUUUAUUCCUCAUAAUGAUUUAUCUUAAAUCUACUAGUUUGAUACAGGAUCAUUUAGUAAGCUAGUAACUAAAGUAAUGAACUUAUUCAUCCAUUUAAACUCAGGAUUUUCAUUAAAAAGUAGUCUUAACCCCUAAACUUUCAGAAAUGAUUAACAUGUAAUUUCUCCCCAUAAUAUCUAUACCUUCUCCAGCAAAAAGAUAAUGAGAAUACACAAACUUAUCAGGUAGAGUUUGUUGUCUUGAUAUAACAACAAAUUCUCGUAACCAGGUUAUAAUGAAAUGUGUAGCAGCUAGAGGGGAGAAUUAGCAAUCAGAUCUUGGGAAUGAAAGGGUUAAAGACAUUAAAGCAGUGGGAUGCAGUUGUUUGUUAGUUUGUAUUUGUGUCAGUGUGUCAGUGUGAUUGAAGAUUCUCAAAAGACUGGUGCAAUUUCUAGUGAACUUGAGGUACCGGUAUUACAAAUUAUUUUUGGACAUCCUUCAAAUUGAUUGCCCUUAUUUUAAACAGUACCUUUCUGCUCAAAAAUAGUAAUUUGAAUUGCAGUUGAAAUUUGACACUUCUGAAUAUGAUAAAUUUUGUAACUCUUUGCCAAUCCUAUUGUAAUGUUGUGAUUUUUUUAGAGAUUAUUCCCAAAAAAAAAUACUGCAAUACACACCAGUUGUUCUUGGAGGGUUUGUCAUUCCUUUUAAAGUGAAGAUUGUUCCACACUUUUUUCAUGUUACCUGUCACUAAUGGAUCUAAAUUUGACUAAACCUGUGUAUCUGUUCCCAGGUUAGCUAUUCAUGAGAGAGAGAGGAAAGAGGCACAAAGAGAAAGGGCUAAAUUACGGAGGUCAGCUUCGGUAAGUGAGGUUUUUUUUGCUGUGUCCAAACAUUUUGAAGAAAUUUAUUAGGAACAAUCUAGAAACAGUGCUAGUCGACUGGUCCAGCUACUUCAUAUAAAUAUGUCAGUUAUGGUCACGAUGUAAAGAUAUUUGCGAAGUCUGUAUAUAGGUUAAUGGACUUUAGCUGUUAUUUUGAGAUUCUUCUCAAUAAGUUUGUAAGCAUGAUAGUCAGAUUUAGCCACAUCAGAAUCUGUUUGACAAAGCAGAAGCUUUCAUAUCCAUCGAGGUUGCACUUUUGGAAGAUGGAUAGUCAGGAAACAAAGGAAAUUAUUUCAUGUCUGGGCAGGAUUUAAACUCUUUUUAUGCAAGUGGUUCUUAUGAAUAUUCUUUCCUUUGUUCAAGUGGUCACGUUUGACAAUACUGUCUGAUUUUUGUGGAAAUACUCUCUUUACUAAGACUUAGUGAUUUCAUUGUAAAUGAUAAGAAUUGCUGGAGGGAUAGUCACAUUUAGCCAAAUGUUUAAAUUUAUUUUGGUUAAAUUUAUGAGCUAUGGAAUCUAGACCCUUCGCUCAUUUUUUUCCUUCUUCAAGGAAUUGAUUACAGAAGUAUUGUAUAUUAUGACUAGAUAUCUUGCUAGCAAAGUAGCAAACAGGUGAUUUUUGUAGCAAAUAUUUUUGUGAACUUAUUUGAAUUUGAUAUAUGGUGAAUCUCUUAUUCUAAUUUGGUAGCAUGGUAGUUUAAAUUUAGAAUGAUUUGUUUUUGUUUUCAAAUGACAAAAGGCAUCCGGCUUGUAACGCUCUAAAUAGGGUCAACUUGCGUAAUCUCCUAAUUGGAUCAGACAGGGAUUUUUUUCUGGAAGUUUUAAAAUGGAAUACAGUGUAGUUAUGAAAGAUAGUUGCUUCCUUACAGUAAAAUUAAAUUGUUGCUUAAGAUACAGAUACAGAUACAGAUACAGGUAGCUCUCUCCCUAAAUACCCUAGCUGAUAGUGAAGAUAUUAUUUUGCUUGUUUUGCAUUCCUCUGGGCUAACCAGAGGUUAGUUCUGAAUGUUGGUUGAAAGAUGUGCAUUUUUUUUUUUUCCUGUUGGUUUACUUGUGGCAUAAUGCAAUUAGAUACUGAGGAGCUUUUGAAAUUAUUGCGGUUUUAAGAUGAAUGAAUGAAAAAAAUUAAUUUUUUUAUUUUUAGGAGAAAUAGUAAUUUUGAAUCUGUUUUGACUCCUCAAGGUUCUCAGAAAUUUUGUAACCAGCUUUGCACUUUUAAAGAGCACUGUAAAGAUUUUCAAUAACCCUGGAUAACUUGUUACUUAUUGGUAACAUAAUCAACAUUUACCAUGACAAUCAUUAUGUGAUUACACUGUGUUUACGUUGCCUUUUCAGAACACUAGUGACCGCCCUUUAUUUGCCGAACCUAGGAAGGUAUGCAGAACAGUGAUUAAUUUAUGAAUGAGUGUGUUCUGUAGAGUGAAUUGUUUUGUUUUGAUCGAUUUUUUGUCUUUCUGAAUGUUAAUAAAGGCCUGUGUAGAGUCACUCUGUUCAUAAAUUGAUUCACACCACUUCCCACUUUCCUAAUUCCCGUCCAGAUUCUAUGUAUGUUUGUACAUGUGAGAGCCCUUUCUUGAAGACUGCAGGAAACCAUCCAAAGCCAACUGCAGCAAAACUUGUAUAAUUUGUAACAGAAAUCAUACUGUUAUUUAUAGGAUAAAACAGAUCUUCCCAUGUCCCUAAAUCUGAACUAUAACCAGAACAGAUAUGGAAAAAUUUUUACUCAUGAUCAUGUGAGGAUACAUGAUGUAGAUAACCAACAUCACUUCAUUUCCUUCAAGCUAUGUAAAUUGAACUCUGUUUUUUGCCUGAGUGGUGUUUUAGGGGAAAAUGUAUUUUGUCUUGCUUGUUGUUUUCAUAUGCUUUUGAUCCUUCUGUGGUUGCAAAGUUUGUGGAAAGAAAAUGUCAUUUUAGAAGUUUGAUUCAAAGGUGUUUGAUUGCUCUUAAUCAUGUGCCUCUUUUUGGAACUAAGAAAGUAUAAUUCAUUUAUUUGAAGGUUCAGCCAUCAGGUCAGGACGCCCUUCAGCAAAAAAUCCAGGUGACAAAAAUUUUUAUAUUUUAUUUUCAAGCUGAGUGUUUGUUUAGUGAUAUUUGCAAUGAUGUGUUUGGUUAACUCCUUAACUCCCAAGAUCUGUUGUUAAUUCUCCCCUUGAGCUGUAACACAUGUUUCAUUUUAAAUGAGGUACAAGAAUUUGAUGUUAGAUCAAGAUAACAACUUCUACCUGAUAAGUCUGAGUAUUCCAAUUACCUUUUUACUGAAUUUUGUAAGGUAAUAUUUGGGAGAAUUCACAGGUUAAUCACUUUUGGGAGUUUAAAGGGUGUAUGUUUUUUUUUUUUUUUUUACCAACAGGCCACACUUGGAACUUAUGACACCAUUGCACCUGUUCUUCAACAUCACAAUCAUUUGAUUGGAAUUCCAAGACUUCCACCAACACCUGUUGAAGGGCAGAAGUUUGUUUUUGAUCGCCAUAAAGGCAAAGAUGCAAAAUUGUCUCCCAAGAACCACAAACUCAAUGGAGUCAUAAAUGGCACUGGACACUUGGCCACUAAAUCUCCUCUUGUAAAGUCUAAUAACACAAUUGCUCCCACCAAGAACUCAACUCUAACACUUUCCAAAUCUCCGACUCGUAGUAAUGAAGCUAUCACCCCUAAAACAGCUGAUGCAAGGAAAAUUCCUUCAAAUGUAAAGUCUCCAACUCCUAAGGAAGCAGCUGUAUCGAAACAAAAUAGUUCAAAGAAGACUUUAACACCUGUAAAGGAAGCCACGGCUAUAAGAACAGCUGAAUCAAAAAAGAGUUUGUCUCAGUUAAAAUCACCAACUCACAAAGACAGUACACCAACAAAAUCAGUUGAGAUGAAAAGGACUGAGAUAAAGCCAGUUGUUAAUGGCAACGUUAAAUCUCAGCAAAACUUUGAAAAAGAAAAGGAUAAAUUGGUCAGCAAAGUUAAAGGGAUAAAGGACGAGAAAAGUCUUGCCGAGGACCUGAACAGUGAUCACCACAAAAGUCACAGCCAAAAGUCGAGUGCAGCCCUAAAGGGAAAACCUCCAAAAAUCAAACUCUCCAUGCCUGAUAGGUAAGAGGGCAGCAAGCCUCAAGAUUAUUAACCCUUUACAUCCUAGCAUCAGUAUGCAUAUUCUCCAUACUGUUCUCUAUACAUUUCCUAAUAUGCUGGCAAGGAGAAUUUGUUUAACAAUUCAGAGGGUCUUACGUUGACUAUCGUUUCCUUCAUUCUCAUGACCUUAAUGUUUGAUUCAGGGGUGAUAUUGAAAGGAGAAAUUAGAUGCCAGUCACUCUCAAGGAUUGAAGUGUUAACCCUUUACAUCCUAACAUCAGUAUUGAUAUUCUUCAUACUGUUCUCUACACAGUUUUUUGGUACUGAUAAGGAAAAUUCACUUUUAAUUAACAAUCAAUGCUUCUUAGAUGGGGAAUCAUUUCCUUUAAUCUCAAGAUUUUCAUUUAUGAUUCAGCUGUAUUGUUGUAACAAUGAAUAAGAUGCUUGCCACUCUAGGGGUUUAAACGGCAUAACAUAACAGUGGUGGCAAGAAUGAAGAAAAACACUUUUAAAGAACAUUCACAGAUAAAUGUAUCCAUUUUACACCACUAAGUUUUCCAUCAAGUUGCAAAGAAAACAUUGAAGAAGUAACUUGAGAGAAUUCUUCACAGAUUAGGAAGAAGAUGUCAGUGAUUUUGUUUUGUAUUCCAUCAAUCACAAGCAUUGCAAUUUCCUCAAAUGUGAUUGGUGUAUCAGCUGCUUUAUUUUUCUCUUAUCAUUCUGUACAGUUGUAAUCUGACAGUGUAAUACUAAGUUCGCUCAGCCAAAUCCACCAAUCACUGAAUUGAGCACAAUAACCAUAGUAACAACUACUGAUCUUAAAAAAAGCUGGGAAAUUUCCAAAAUAGAGGCAUAAUUAUUUUAGACACUGUCUCUUCUGGAGAUGUUUGUCCAGAGAUGUUUGUCUAGAGAUGUUUGUCUGGAGAUGUUUGUCUGGAGAUGUUUGUCUGGAGAUAUUUUUCUGAAGAUGUUUGUCCUAAAUGUUUGUCCUAAUUGUUUGUCCUAAUUAUAACAAAACUUCACAUUGUCCAAUUCUGUCCGUAAUCAUACUUGUAACUGAUAAAUCAGACUCCUGCUUUGCAGACAUCCGAUUUUGUUAAUCGCUCGUAUAAUUAAAGACCAAAGUGGACUCCACUCACUUCUAUUACCAUUAUUAAUCAGUCAGACCAAGGGUUAAAAGUUUUUGAUUUUUCCUUAACCCUUUAAUGCCCAAGAUCUGAUUGUUAAGUCUCCACCUUUGCCGCUACACAUUUCCUUGAAAUAAGUUAUGAGAAUUUCAUGUUAGAUUGAGAUAAUAUCUUUUAUCUGAGAAGUUUGAGUAUUCUCAUUAUCUAUUUACAGGAUAAUGUUUGGAUAGUUUAGGAGGAAGUUGCAUGCUAAUCACUUCUGGGAGUUAAAUGGUUAACAUAGAGAAAUAUGUGUGGUUCUUUAUGUUAAGUAUGAACAGUUUUCCCUGUGUUGAUGUUUUUUAAAAUUCUCAGCCCACCUGCACAUGUUUUGUGUAUCAUUAAUUAGUCGACAGGAGGCUGGGAAAGCUUUGCUUCCCUUUGCCCAUUUUUGUUUAGGUUAUUUUUGUUGAUUGCCUCUGGCUUCUUUUUUUUCCCCUUAGGAAUCUACCUGUGUCUUCAGUCAAGGUAUGACUGUUUAUUUUGUAUUUAACCUUGAUAGUCCUUGAGAUAACUUCCCCAAGAUCUCCUGCCACAAUUUCAAAUUUAAUGCCAUAAUUUUGCCAAACUGUCAGUAAAUGAGUAUUUAUAUCAUGACCUGUAACCUUUAAUGCCAACUUGAUCAACUUUGAAGGAUAAGGUUGGCAAACAGUCUAAAAAUUACAUGAAGUGUCUGAUACAACUGUGGCUUGUUUUUUUUUUUUUUUUUUUUUUUAUUUCACAAUGCAAAAAAACCUACAAUGGUGCGCAUGAACAUGAACUGUUAUUUUUGCUUGAGGAAGUCUUAGAACCAUUGUUUAUCUUCUGUAGGUGGUAUUAUUGUUGGUUGAAUUACCAGUUUCAUUCCUCCCACUCAAGAGUUCCAAAUGAAACUGAAAGAGGGGUCUGAUACAAUGCACUACUGUUUCAUUUAAAUUUCCUCUUCAGAGUUAAAGCUUGUCCUUUUUAUUUUGUCAGUGUUACAUUUGGAACAGUAAUGCUAACAAACUGUUGUGGAUUGAGGGAAAUAUGCCUAUAUUUAUGCAAUAAAACACUCUAGAUUCUAAUGGGGAAAAAAUUUUGUUUUGGCUUCCUGUGAGGGGUGAGCUUCAUCUCCUCUUAUAAAAGAUGUUUGUUGUUCCAUUUGAAAUUCCAUUUGUUUCCCUUUUUGUAGUAGUUCUACUAUCAGAGCUAUUUAAUUGUGAUAAAUUGUGUUAGUAAUUUCUGCAAAUUUUUAGACAAAAAUGUCUGAUGUUGACGUGGGUGAGUGUGGUGAUUUGCAUAACGGAUGUCUAAAUAUAACAUUUGCUGAUUUUAGAAUCUACUUUACUGCACUGGAUGACAAACGAAGGCUGUUUCAACUAAACAAAAAAAAAAUCCUUUUAGUCUAAAUGAAAAUAAUGUGUGCCAGGUUUUUUAUUUUUCCUGUGGUUGUGUUGUGAUUUUAGCUUCCUUUUACUAUCAGAAAAAUAUCAUUGUCUGAAAAAUAUCAAACCAUCAUUUUAGAAGAAGACUGCUGUUUUUACUCUGGCCUCUAAUGGGUUUUCUUGAUCAUAAAUUUGAUGGUUUGUUGAUUUUAGCUUGGCCACACCCUCUUCUUCUUCUUAGUGCAUCCAAAUAAUUUCAAGGCACAAUUGCACAGAUAGAGUCACUCAGUUGUAUCAUUUCUGUUUGUUUCUUUUGAAUGCAUAUGUCUUGUAGCCUUUUAUUAGAUAUGUCUUUUUCAAACUUAAGCCAGUAAUAAAGUUUUAAAUUAAUAAUGCAGAAGGUAAUUUCUGAUUGAAGAGUCAGAAAGUCUAGGUAUUGAUUAAAAACUGUUGAGCAGCGGCAUAAGUGUAUUUUUCAAAAGUUUAAUGUGUGAAAGAAACACAUUUCAAACAAAUGCUUGAAGGUUUUUUUUGGUCAAUCAAUACAAAGUUUGCACACAGCUUUCAUUUAAUAGGACUCCUGGCAUAUUAAAAAACUGAAACUGAAAACCUAAAAUGCUUUUAUUAAUUAUAUCUGGUGCCUUCAGGAUACAUUCAUGACAGGCAAUUUCUAUUAGACGAAAGAGAGAUUCUCUAGAUGGAAUUAGAAUUUUGUUGACACAAUGAUCUGAAGCAAUAGUGAUUCAGGCGUCAUUUAUUGAAAGGGCUGCAGGUGAACAUUGUAGCCCUGAAUGCAAAAAGUCCUUUCCUUCCUAUUUUUUUGAAAUAGUCUCUGGUACUUUCUCUUUUUAUCAUUUUCAUUUUCCCCUUGGAUUUUGUAUUUUUUCUGUUAUCUAGGAAAUGAUUUUAGGAUUCAUUGUCUGUUGAGAUAUCCUUUAAAAACCUUUGCUCUUUUAUGGUAGUCUACAAAUACUUAAAAAUCAGCUGUUGUAAGGCAGAUAACAGUGGCUCUGUGAUCUAGAUACUGUUUAAAUUCUGUCAAAUUUACUUCCUUUUCAUUUAUGUCUUCCUCCCUGAUUUUAAUGAGGAACUUUGUGCCCACUAAAUUUCUUUUUUUUUCAUUUUCACAGAAUUUAGGUGUUAUGUUUGUAGUCAAGACCCCUUUCUUUGUCUCACCAGUUAGUGUUGCUUUAUGAUCUGAUCUUUCAACUCAAUUUAUUUAAUGGUUUGGGUGAAUAUUUUCUUCCUUUUACCCAACAGCAAGAAAAUCUUUCCAUGAGUGAUCAGCCAACCAACGUGGAGAAGAUUAUUGAGGUAAUGUUUUGUUUUGUCUUACUUUACCUUACAUUGUAAGUGGAACAAAACAUGCUCCUUUAGAGCAUCUUUUGAGAAGAGACAUUUAAGAAGAGAUGAUCAUCAACCACAAACUCGUUAGUGACACCUAGAUCGAGGUUAAAAUUUUAUGGUGAUUGUGCUUUAUUCGGUCUGUGCCCCUAAACCUUGGAAUAAUCUUCCAGAGCAUAUAAAAUGUAGUUUAAAUCUUACAUUUUCUAAGAGCAACCUUAAAACUUAUCUUUUUAAGUGCUAUUUUAAUUUGUAGUUUUGUUUUAGUAUUUUUUGAAUCUAUUAUUUACUAAGUUACUGCUUAAAACAUUUUAUUUUAAAGUGCCUUAGAGCUCUAGAAUAGGGCGUUGUAGAAAUUUUUGUAUUAUUGUUACAAUUAUUAAUAAGAAAGAUUAAUUCACUGUAUUUUCUGUCCUUUGCAUUCAUACACAAGUUGGUAAUCUCUGUUUGACUUCUUUGAAUACCACAUGCACUAUGGAAGUUCUGUGUCUGACACUUUUGCCACUAUGAAAAUGAUAGAUCUCUUUUGGAGAUGAUAAUUUCUGAAGGCAGUUUAGUUGAAUGAAAGUGCUGUUGACCUCUGUGUUUUCCUUUUCUCAUGUGAAACAUAUAAUUGGGAAUGAUGUUCCCAAAUAGCAGGGAAAUGGAAUUUUUAAUCCUGAAUCAGAGGUAGAAUAGAGCAGAUGUUGUCAAAGAUAGACGUAAAUUUCAAGGAUAAUGCUUAUUAAACAUAUACAUUAAGGUAACUUGAAUGAAUAAUACAGAGUUUGUUUCAGUGGUGACUUUAAACUUAAGCUACCAGCUUAGUGUAGUUGCACCAUUUUCAACAAACUUUGAUUAGAAUAAUUGACUUAUAUUAAGAGGACUAUGCAACCCCUUCACUGCUCAAUGCUGAGACAAUUGAGGAGAGAGUAGCAAUUUUUUGAAAAGAAAAGGAAGGAACAUUCACUUAAUUGUAAUGUAUGUGAAUGGUAAUGUCUCUUUGAUUCUUACCAUGCAUCUAAUAUCACUAAGUACUUGAAAUAUCUUCUUGCCAAACAGGCAACCUUUGCUACAAAUUUAAUGGCUAAAAUUUUUUUCCUACUCACCAUGGUGACAUAAGUAGAGGCCAGAUUGCAUAUAACUACACACUUACCCCUUCCUCAACUCAACAUUAACCCUGUUUCAUGUUUUCAGUAGACUGCCUUUUUUUUUUUCUUUUUUCUUUUUUUUUUUGGCUUAGGGGGGGGUUGGUGUGAAGUUGCUUUGACACUGACAUCGAUCCCAUCAUACAUUCUCUGUCCCAAAAUGUUUGUUUAUUCAUUUAUCUUUGUUUGUUUGUUUGUUUGAUAGGAGAUGCAGCAGGUGGCUCCACCGCUCACAGGAAUCCACACACCAAUCAAAGGAGGCAGCUCCAUCUUUGCUUUUCAUCGUAAUAGUAUUCAGGAACAUUCAGUGCUUCCAGCUUUAGCAACAAAGAGAAACACAAGUGGUAAGGGGGCUGAGGGUGCAUUUGUUCAGUGUGUGCACUUCUGUUCUGUCAGUUUAGUUACCAAUGCUUUCAGAGAAUCUAAAACUUGAAGAUGAUAGGUGAAAAACCAAGUUGUAGUUUUCCCCUGUAGAUUGAGUUACUACUAAAGUGAGUUAGUACCAAAACAGAAAAAAAAUACAGUCAGAAAAAUUGACCAGACAAAUCUUGCAAGUAAUAAUAAUUCAGCAUCGUUUUCUGUGUGAGAAAUGUUAUUUCCUGAAGUGUAUGAUCAUUUUUGCAUCAUUUUGAUCCAAACUUCUUGUUUGUUGACAAAUUGGGAAAUGAUUGCAAAAGAGCUCAUGGAAAAGUCAUGAUUUUGGUAAGGCAUUAACCUCGUUGAAAGACAGCUAGGUGAAUGUGCCUUAUUUUUACUGAGGUGGUCUCUGUUACAAUAUGAAUCUCUUUAGCACAACUUUUAUGCCUGUGACUUUUUCCUUUUACAUUGUGUUAAAUAGAAAGCAUUGAAGGCAAGAAAGAAAGUGGGAAUGAUGUGGUUUUGUUGGAUGAUGAUCUAGUCCUGACUGAUGACAGUGAUGAUGAACAUGUAAGUUUUUGUGUUUCCUGUUGUUAUCUUUUGUCAACCCUGCAACUUCCUUGUGUGACAAAGAAAUAAUUCCUCCCCACAACAUUAACACAAAAUCAGGUGAUGAGAGUAAACAAGGAUAAGCACAAGGGAAUUAUUAGAUCCAAAAUCAAAUUCUCUGAACUAACACCCUAAGAAUUGUACAGCAGACAGUAAGGAGAAUUACUAGUGACAUCUUGGGACUGGAAGGGUUAAAGGCCAAUUUGGGCCAUAUGCAGUUAAUCACAAGGGUUGAAAAUAAUCUUUAUUCAGCAAUAAAUCUUAAACUCAUCUGUGUGAAAUGAUGUUAUUUAUUGUUGUGCUGGUUUCUCCCACAGGAACACCCAGUUACAAGUACAUCACCCUCCAAGGAUGACAAGUGAGUACUGCAUUUUUUGAUAGACAUGUGCAAGUUUAACCCUUUGGUUGUUAAGAGUGAUCAACAUCUAAUUUCUCCUAAUAAUAUCACCCCUGAUUCAAACAUUAAGAUCACAAGAAUACAAGAAAUGAUCACCAACUUGAGGCGAUUUUGAUUGUGAAACACAUUCUCCUUGUCAGCACCUUAGGAAACUUAUAAAGAACAGUCGGGAGAAUAUGCACACUGAUGCUAGGGUGGAAAGGGUUAAGAAAUGUGGCUAACUGUAAUGUUGUGUGUAUGAAACAAAGGAAACAUCUGUUCUCUACAGGAAUAAGCCUGUCUCAUCUAGUUAUAUCAGGAUCCUGUGUCUUUUGACAAAUAGAUCCUGUAUUGCCAUGCUUCUGUUCAGUAAAUGAUCACAGAUGAUGUGAAAAUGUGGUAAGAACCAAAAAGGUCCUGCCACAUUUUGAGGUCCUGUGUGAUCUGUUACUGUACAGACCCACAGCAACAUUGAAACUUUUUGUUUUGUAUGAGCUGUGUGUUCACCUGCAUCCACUAAUGUUGCAAUGCCCUUAAUAGGACUACUCGUCAUCGUUCCCAUUCAACAUCAUCUAGUGGAAGUAGUAGUGAGGACAGCGACUCAGACAGCAGCGAUAGUGAUAGUGAUAGUGAUUCUGACUCAAACAACAAUACUAAAGACAAAGACAAAUCAGGGAAAUCUCCUGUUCAUGAACCAUCAUCCUCUCCAAAGGUAAGCUAAGGAGAACACUACAGCCUGUACCAAAUUGUUUAAAAGCAUAUAAUCAUCUAGAGGCUCAUAAUAGGAAAAAGUGAUAAACUUGUGACUUCUCUCAAUGAUUUCUUUUAGCUAUCCAGCAAACAGGUGAUAAGAAUACUUAAACUUAUCAGCUGGAAGUUGUCGUCUUGAUCUAACACCAAAUUUUUGUAACUUAUGCACAAGAAAAUGUGUUGCAGAUAGAGCAGAGAAUUAAAAAUCAAAUCUUGGGAGUCAAAAUGUGGUGGUGUACCAUUGUUGUUGUUGUUGUUGUUGUUGUUGUUACACAUCACAAUUGCUAGAUCAAAUAUUUUUUCUAAAGGAAAAAUGCCUAUUGGGCUAAAGUAGUGGCUUCCUUCACCUUCCAAUGUGGCUUGAACUCCACAUUGGGAAUGGUGAAGUUGAUUAUCUUUUUUUCACUACCUGGCCUAAACAAUUAAGUUUGUUUCUUUCAGCAUACAAGUGGACGAAACUGGGGUCUAAACCACUUUGCCAAUGCACUCAAUCAAUCAUCACCAUCACAAACCACAAAGACAAAACCAAGUCCAUCAGCUGCAAACACAGUUGGGGGAGACGGUGUUCGCGGAAACCAAGUUGCUCCUGCUGCAAAUAAGAGCUGUCUUAACUCUCAUGUUGCAAAAAGCCCUGUGGCUCCUGUAUCUGAGGAGAGCUUUUUACCAUUUGCUGAAGGCCUUCCUGACCUCAGCCCAGACCUAAACCGUGGAGUGGACAUUGAGUCAUUAACAGCCAAGCUUGAUCUUCCACUUCCAACAGACUUGAGUGUAGACUCUGCUGAACCUGUAAGUACUGUCCCUGUUGAGAAUAAUGUCACAAAUUUGAAGACACAACAACCUAAGGAUGACAAGAAGGUGAAAAGGAGAUCUUCAAAUGUGGAGUCCAAGCUGAACACAAGCCAGGAGAAAGUUCUUACCAAAAAUUCCCCAAAGAAACCCACUAAGUCCAAACAAACAGACUCUUUAAAGAAUUCUACUUAUCUCAAAGUUAGCAAUCCUGGUUCUGACGAUGUUGUUAAAAAGGCUACAAAGACAGCAAAAACACCAAAUGGAAUGGUCACCAAAAAAUCAUCCAAAAAGAAAUCAGAAACCAAAGGUGUUAGUAAAACUGUUGUUAGCAACGAGCCUGUGAAGGAGACCAGUGAGGUUGAUGAUGAAGAUGUUUUUGUGGAUAUUGUUAGCGUUGAGCCUAGUCCGGGAAUCGACAAUAAAAAGGUGGAAGCUAAACAAACAACAAAAUCAAAAGAGACUGAAAAUCCGAAAGGAGUAAAAAAGAAACCUGUGACAACAAAUGGCCUUAGUAAACAUGUGAACGGAGAUGGACUGUUAUCUAGUUUGAUAUCAACAAAUGGAAAUAGGGAUAUUUUGGGAAAGAAUGUUGAAAUCACAUAUGAUGAAGUCAACAAGCCAGAGUCCCUUAUAGUAAAAAUUGACUUGUCACUCCUCAAAAGGAUACCGCGGCUUCCAAGUAAUGAUCAGCCCAAACAUUCAGUCUCACCACCCAAGGUUGAAACCAAUGGCAGCAGAGAUGGCAUAAGUUCCCCAGAAGUGAAGAUUCGUAAGCGGAAAUUAUCAGAAGCAAAGUCAAUAGAACAGGACGUUUCCAAGAAAGUAAAAAGUAAAAGUGAUGUGGAUUCUAAUAGGUAAGAGGAAUUUGAUGACCAUUUAAAGCAGUGCAGGGUUUGUGUGAUUUGGUUGGGAAAUAAUUUCUACAAUACCACAUCUUUCAACGUUUUUGUUACAUUGUUUGGUUGAAAGAUAAAAAAAGAUAAAGGAUAUGGCUUUCAUUUAAAAAGCAGUUUUCACCUGAUGUAAAAGUGAAUGUUUUGAACCUGCAGAACAAAGCCUCAUGAGCAAUCACUGACUUCAAGCAGUAACAACUCUCGCCCUUCAAAGGAUGGCAUGCGGAAGCGAAGUCCAAGUCAGGAAAAGGAUACUCAUCGUAUUAAGCGUCAGAGACAAGACAAUGAAAACAGCAUAGAUCACAAUUCUUUAUCCAGUUUUCAGAAUGGCUCUGUCAAUGAAAAUGGAAUGGAUGUAGUGGGUAAUGGUGUAAUUCCUCACACAUGCUUGUGCAACAAAACCAGCGAUGCUGAGAAGAAGAGAGAAACAGACAUUACAAGAUUUUAUGAUCCAGAACCCAGAGUGUAAGUUUUAGGUUCAUCUCUUUUUACCAGUUGCCUAACAGUUACAGCAAAUAGCACAUAAGAGUAAACCUUAAACUCCAACUAGUGACCAAGUCAGAAUUUCUCCUUACAACAUCAGUACAAUAUCGAGCAGACAGGUGAGGAGAUUAAGGAAAAAUGUCAAUUAUAUGAUCUUUAGUUGUCCCAACACCAAAUUCUUGGAGCUACAUGUAAGAUCAAAAGAAUUAUAUGGCAUGGCAGACUGUAAGGACAAACAACAGUGAGAUUUUGAGCGUGAAAAGAUUAAGAUCUUUCAAAGAAGUGUUUAGGUUAAUAUGAGGGGAAAAGUCAUUUCAUUACUGGUAAAUGUUUGGACAUUGUUUAAAUGAAAAUGUUGGGAGUCACAAGAAUGUUUUCUGUUUCUUGGUGAAUCCUAAUGAGUCCUGAUGAGGUUACAACAGUACUAAAGAUUAUUCAUCACUUUUUUUUUUCAGACCCUACGGGCCAGACCACUACCUUGGGGAAGCCAAGAGACUCAAACACAAAGCUGAUUCCUCUGUAAGUUUAAAAAAAAGUUCGAGACAUUUUUGAUGAAGCUUUAAAAAUGUGCUGAUGUUAACUUACAUUGUUUUGUAGACUGACAAGGAUGCUAAAGCCUUUUUGUAUGUUGAAGCUGUCUUAAACUUUGCAAGAUGCGGAAAAGCUAUUGAGGUUUGUUUCAUUUAAACUUAAUAUAUAUUUUGACAUUUUUUCACCAUUGAAUGCCUCAGUCAGUGUUUCAAUUUGUCUGUCUUCCUGCACUAGCUAAUUCAAGUUUGAUAUUCUUGAUUAUCUCAGCAAAAUGAAGAGUCAGAAUCACGUUCAGCAUUUCAAAUGUACUCUGAGACGCUGGAUCUUCUCAGGUAACUAGAUACUACAUUUCACAGUGAUCUUUAUGUUAAAAUGUGGGGUGACAUUUUAGGGAGAAAUUAUAUGCUAGUCACUCUUAGGAGUUGAAGGGUUAAGAUAAGUUAACCCUUUAUAACUCCCAGAGGUGAUUGACAUGUAACCUCUCCUUGUAAUAACCAUACUUUAUCCAGCAAACAGGUAAUGAGAAUUUUAAAACUUAUCAGGUAGAAGUCUUGAUCUAACACCAAAUUCUUGUAACUAAUUUACAAGGAAAUUUGUGGUAGCUAGAAGGAAGAAUAAUUACAUCUUGGUAGUUAAAGGCUGUCAAUACUGAAUGGAAAAUGCUCAAAGAGGGUUUGGUUCCCGUAAGUUAUGUCAUUAAAACUCUAUUCAGGAAAAAUGUUUUCACUUUUUCAGAUACACAAUGCGUAACUUUGUCAACCGAUACACUCACAGAUCAGACAGGGUUCCUGAUAAAAGACUUUCUGUUUUAUGGUAAGGCCUUAAACUAUUUGAUCACAAUCAGUUAGAUUUUAAGUUACCUUUGCCUUGUUAUGACUUUGAAGAAAUUCUUUAAACUUUGUUGAUCGACAACCUGAGCGGAAGUCAUUAUCAGAGUCACACAAUGGUUAUGUUUAUAGCUGGUAUAAAUUAGUUUUUUAUUUCUAUCUCUGAUUUAGCAUGAGAAUUCAAUCCCUUUUGUACAUGAGGCUCUACAAAUUAAGAAAGGAUGGUGUUAUGAAAAAUGUUAAGGUAAUUAAGGAUAUUCAUCUUCUGCAUGUUGUACCUGUUACAUAUUCUGUUUUUGUUAUGUUUUAAAUUUCAAAGAUUUUUCUUUUACUCUUAGUCAGAACAGUCAGAGAGGCGUCAGCCAGAUAGUUUGUGUGCUGGACUCUGAGUUGGGAGGUCCGGGUUCAAGACCAGGCUGGGUCAUUUUGUUAUGUUCUUAGGCAAAACACUUUACUCUCACUAUGCCCCUCUCCAUCCAGGAGUAGAAAUGGGUAAUGGGGAAUUGUCAGGGAAGCCUGAUGGAAUGCUGGGCGGUAAUGUUGCGAUGGAAUGGCAUCCCAUCCAGGGGGGAAGUGGUAUUACUCCUAAUUGCAUUAUGCUAUAGAACCUGGGAUAAGUUGUGGCUGGAUGGGGUACUAAGCUCUAGGAUAGACUUGAGCCUGUUUGAUGUUAGUGGGAGUAACUGUUUCAGGGCAAUGUUACUGACUUGUGUCUAAUAAAAAAACUUUGUUUUAUCACUUUGCAGAUGGUCACUGAACAUUUUAGGGUAAGUGAUAGAAUCAGUUCAAACUUCAUUACCACAUAUUUUAAGUUGAACCAGUCUCGUGUGCUGUGGUUAGAGCAAUGCUUAACUCAAUUUAUUAGUAGCAAACAAUCCUAUUAGUUAUUUAAGAUAACAUAAAACACAGUAUUAGAGCAAUUAAAUUAAGAACCUCCCAGAAACUAAUUCAGCCAGAAGUCAGAGUAGUUAUGGAACAGAGGGCUGCCAGAUUUUGAGCCCAAUGUGCUGAACUGAAUGCUUGAAGAAGGCUCUGGUCUUGGAAAUUUUGUUUGCCAGGCUCAAGAAAGGUUUCUUGACCCUUUCACUCCCAGGAGUGACCCACAGUAAGUUAUUUCUCCACACAAUUGCAUUGCAUUGCAUUGGCAACCAGAAAGUUGAGGUAAAGAAAGACAUCACCUCGGAGAAUUGUUUGGUUGAGUGCUAAUUUCUGAGUGCUAAAUUUUAGGACAUUUUUGGCUAAAUGUGGGGAGAAUAUAACAUGUGGAUCUUGGGAAUGAAAGGGUUAAGAAUAAAGACAUCUAAGUUGCUCAGAGACAAAUGUUGUUGCCAGCUGUCCUUUAUACUUGUACUUUAACCCUUUAAGUCUCCUCACACUAUCAAUACAAUAUCAAGCAGACAAGUAAUGAGAAUAAAGAAAAACACUAAUUAGGGGAUUAUUUGUUGAUCCAAUUCCAAAUUCUCCAAACUAACAUCACAUGAAUUGUAUAGGAGACAGUAAGGAGAAUUACUAAUGAGAUCUUGGGAGUUAAAGGUUAAUAGUGUGUGAUGUGAUAUUGAUCCCUCUACAAGCUGCCAUUGCUCUUUUUGUUUCAAAGGAGUAUUAUCUUCUUAAACUAAAAUUUUUUGUGUUGGCUUUUUGAACAGGGUCCUCCGAAAAGCACUCAAGCUCCCUCACCUUAUACAUCAAACACAAAGUAAGUUACCCUUCUGCUGCAAAUACUGUAAAAAUUCACUGAAGUGUUGAAGUAAAUUCUGCUUGAGUCUUAAUUUAUUUCACUCUGAGAUAAUUAGAGUUGAUGUGUAUUUCUUAGAUACAGCAAGUAAUUGUCAAAGGAAAACCAGUUUUAAUUUCAAUGUCUUUUUUUGUUGUACUUGAAACUGUUUGGAUGUUCAUUCAUUUUCUUUUUUUCCGUCCUCUUUGUAUUAUUACAACUUUGUUAAAAAAUUCCUUUUAUUUGAUAAUUUAGUGUAAUAAACAAGGUUGAUAAAUGUAAAUCAGCUAUCACUAAUAGUUUCUAAAGUUGAAAUACCAAGUGUGAGCUCUUGGUCAGAUUGAAGUUUUGUGUUGUUGGAUUUGCCUUUUUUGGGGGGGGGGGGGGGGGUAUGUGUGUUUUGCAUGUUUGUUUUGUUCUGUUUGGUUGAUUUAUAUUGGAGCAUUCUGUGGUUAUUUCUGUAGGACAACUGGCACCCCAUCACCCAUGUCACCCACACCAUCUCCGUCUGGAAGUGUUGGCAGUGUAGGAAGCAGUGGCAGCAACGAAACAAUGACCACACCUUCUCGAAAUGGUAAACCCUCCACUGGAUCUAAUGCAAUGACAUCGCCUGUCAACGUGUGCAUGCCACAGAAGAUUCACUCCUUGACACAGCAGCAAAUUCUUGUGGUCAACAACUUGGUUUACAGUCAAGAUUUGUGGGACCAAGCUCAACCUCUUGUGCUUGAAUUUAGAGGUGAAAUGACAAAAAUCAGUGCCAUUCUUUUCUCAACUUGGAAAAAAAUUAGGAAAAGGCUGACCAGUGAUUAAUUGAACAAAAAGAGGUGCAUCAGGCUUUAUUUCCUCUGAGAUAAUAGUCUUCAACUCCCUCCUUAAGCUUUUCACCUGUUCUUUAGUAUCAUGGGCUUGAUUUCUUCCCAAAAUUUGCACCAAGCAGGAACAGUGUUUGACUGAGAGGCUUAGAAGUGAUUGAGUCAGUGCAUGACAAGUUUCACUUGCAGCAUAAACCCAUACCCCACAUUGAAAAUUGAUGGUGAUAUUUAUGGGUGAAGUUUAUUCCCUUCCCUUUGUUUGGCUGAUGUAAAUUUCUUUUGUCUGACAGAUUUCUUUAUGGAUCUGGAUCGCAACUGUGGACCUCUUACUCUUCACAGGUAUUGUAGCAUGAAGUGGUUCAUUAGAGUGCUUUGCAAUUAAGUUUUAUAAAAGUAAAUGCAAAGUACUAGUAAUCACAAGAGCUAGUUAAAAAUACUUUUCAGAGCCAAUGAGAACUCAUAGGAAAAAAAAGGAACAACCAAAGUGCUUUGAAGCCCAGGAAAAUGUGGGCGACCAAGUCAUGAUUGGUUUUAGUUUUGCAUUUGGUUGAUUAAAUGCGUUUGACAUUCAAUGACUGAUGUACUGUUUUGUUUUGUAGUUCUAUUGUCCAUUUGUGUGGGUACAUUCAAGAGGGACUGAGGAGGCUUCAGGAAUCACUGCAAUCAGAGAAGGCUUCUAAUUGCAAAGCUGUGGGUGAUUGAGUGAAGAGAUCCAUUGUAAAUUAUCUUUAAAACCACAGAACGGCAUGGAAUUUUGGACAUACAGUGUACUCACUCAUGCAAUGAACUGAGGUACAGCUCCAUCUCAAUAAACAUAGAGUAGAUAUUUGAAGGCGUAGCUAAUUUACUAAUAAUGAGGUAUAUUAAGAAAUCAAAUGCUUGGGCAAGCUCUACACAAUCUGUUGAUGUUUUGUCUGCAAGAGAAAUUAUUGAUAAACAUUAUAGCACCCAGUGGGAAGUAUGGUAAUAGUGCUGCACUAUAUUAAGAAUAUUUGGCAUCAGUUGUUUCUCAGAGAAGUGAAUAAAGUAAGAGUAUUAUUCCUUGUAAUUUGGUAUAUUUUGUAGAAUACAUGCAAUAUUUUUUCAUAUGGAAUUGAUAAAUACAAAUGAACAAGAAAACAAGCAAACAGAGUAUAUUGUUAUCUCAGUAAGCAGGUCAGUCAGAAGAAAACCUCCUGUUCUUCAGUAAACAUGUGAUGUUUUUGCGAGGAUCUUUGUGGUGUAGAAUCAACCCAUUCUAGUAGGAAAGGCAGGAAUCUUUAGACUUCUUGUCAAAAUUAUAAAAAGUAUGAAAUGUGAAUGGUGAAAUUGUAAACUUUGCUACAGCAAAGUUUAAGAUUAUGGGACAAAGCAACAUUCUGAUUGGAAGCUUUACCACAGCCACACAUUUAUGAGUUUCCCUUCUGUCAAAUGUGGAAAGAGAUUUUGAAUGAUGAUGGGUUAUUAACCCUUUAACUCCCAUAAGUGACCAAGAUAGAAUUUCUCCUUACAAUAUCACUGAAAUAUCAAGCAGACAUGUGUUGAGAAUUUAAAAAAAAAAAAAAAAAAACUUUAGGGAUUAGUAGAUGAUCCAAUACCAAAUUCUCCAAACUAAUAUCACAAGAACUACAUGUUUAUGUCAGAUAGCAAGGAAAAUUACUAAUGAGCUGGUGGGAGUUAAAGGGUUUGCUUUCUAUGCUUUACCAAGAUCUUUGCAAUAUCUCCAAAGAGUCUUUCGUAAAACAUUUUUUGCGCAGCAGAAUUUAUGUGGAGUCUAAAAGACUUAGUUUCCUCAGUUGUCAAAGAUGAGACAUCUGGUUUUUAUUCACUUUGGUCAGAGCAAGGCUGCAUCUUAAACAUCCUCUCAUUUUUGGGUUUUUCACCCUCCUCAGUCUGAAGGUGUGCUUUAAUUAAAGCCCCCUCUUCCGACAAACAUUAUCAAUUUUCAUGAAAAGAAAUUAGCCCUAUGAAGUCACCUGUCACCUUUUUUUUUUCAUUCUUUCACCUACCUUGGCCAACCUUCAUUAGUGAGCAUUUAGCUUUUGAAGAAUAGGGCCAUUAGACUAAAAACAAAAACCAAAAAAAAAAACCACGCACACACACACUACUUUUGCGUUGCACAAUUGAAGCUUUUAAAGCUUGUUUUAAAUGUUAGUUUUCUAGGAUACUAAGGAGGCAAAGGUUUUGAUUUGCAAACUGUGAACAGUUUGCUUUAAAAUAAAUGUAGUUGAUGUUGUAGUAAAAUGUUUCACCAAUAACUGGAAUGACCAUCAUAUUCUCUGAAUCCCUUUACAAAAAAAGUUGUUUAUGAAUUCUCAGUUCAGACCUCCUCUUUUUUUUGUUGUUUUUUUCCUUGUUUUCACGUUAACAGAAAAUUUAUAGGGAUUAAUGUUUAAGCUGCAGCUGGCUCAAUGAAUUUCUUAGCAGAUGUUCUUUUGACGUGUCCUUUAAAUCUUGGCCGUUUAAAAGAUCAUCUGUUAAGGAAGCGUCUCUUAUUUUGCCCACGAAGGUUAGUUUUGUAAGCUCCCUCCUGACUGGGUCUCUCUGUUGCCCGUAUUUGGAAAUGUAUGUCACAUGAUCAUAAGCUAUGAUGUGAAGAUUACUUGUAGAGCAGAUCGCAAUCAAGUUUAUAACUGCACUAUUUUGAAACUGCUAAUAUUCGACUCUAAUUCAUCACAGAUUAUAUCAUUUGUAGUAGGAGUAUUAUUGAAUCGUGUACAGGUCUUUAUUUUAGUAUACCACUAAACAAAUUUAGGAAAGAAAUUGGAACGAGGAUUCAUAGAAGAUUUUUUGAUUUCAAAAUAUUUUUCCGGGAUGUUUUCCAUUUAUUUUGGGGAUUACGUUUCUUUGAAUAGAAUAUUUAAAUUUUGGGAAGGUAUUUAACCGUUAAAAGUUCUUAUAAAGAGUCACACUUUAAAAUUACAAAAUUUUGUACCUUAUUGAUGCCAACUCUGGUAGGGGGCUUAUUUUAUGAGUUGGGAGGGGAGGGUUGGUAAGUGAUGGUGCUUAGUAGGGGCUUCGCAUUAUGGAUAUUAUCUUCACAGCUUUUCUUGAUAUAAGUAGAGAUCAUAAAGUCAUUGGAUAAACAAACAAUAGAGUAUUUCUGGUAUUUUUCGGAAGUGAAACUAUUUUUUACGACGGUAAUUUUUACUCGUAUUGUUUUUCUCGCGUUUUUAGGGGCUCUUUGUUUGUUCUUUGCGGUAAUUUCAUAUUAAGAUCAUUUUCGUACCGUUUAAGUAUUUAGUAAUGUUUGUUUGUCAAGGCACUAGUUAGGCAUUUUGAGCCCAUUUUGUAGUCUUUAACCUUAAUAAUUAUUCAUGCAAAGCUGUGAAGAAUCGUCCUUUUCAGUAC